AUGGCUAAACUGAAAGUCCGCAUCCCAUAUAGCCUGAAGGCAGAAUCGAGAGCUAAUCGUAUUCCAGGUCUGAAUGCCACUGUGUCCACGGAACUAGAAUUUGGAGAAUGCACAGUUACAUGUGGUAUUGGCAUUCGAGAAGUUCUGUUAACCAGUGGAUGCCCUGGAACCGAAGCAAAAUGCAUUGUCCGCGUGGAGGAAUUUUUUUGCGUGGAGAAAUGCCGGGGGCCAGUAGACUGUGGAUGGGGAAUACCAAUUUCUGGGGGGCUUGCCUGCGUGAAGAUGCCUUGUAUUUAUAUACCUCCUGAAAAUCGAUUUAAGUACGUUUGGAAGAUGUUAAUUCCAAACAAGACAGCACACGUUCUUCCCAACGAUUCCGCUGUUAUGGAAGUUUGCAGAGAUACCCAUUCGGUUACUUUCCAGUGUGAAACUCAAGAAAAUGGAAAUAGAAUUGCCUCUAUAAAAUACACAGUCUACGCAACAACUGAAAUGCAAACAAAAAAAUCAAGGAGAAUAGAAGGAGGGCAAUCAAGGAGAAUAACAGCAGAUGCCGUUCUGGUCUUUUCCCUGGUAACUGGAAUCAUUGUGGCUGUUGGUGCGAUCUCUGCCAUGAUUAUUCUGUGGAGUGUUGUAAAAUCUGUUUGGGAAUUAAAAUCUGGACAACACAACCAAGACAAGAAACUAGCCAACAGAAGUUCACUGAGUAAUGUGGAAUAA